GGGCUUUGUUGUUCUUUCGGGAUGGAAAGACGGGACAAAAUUGAUUUAAUUCUUUGUAAACAGUCUGAGUUAAACGCCCGUAACAUUUCAUUUGGAUCAGUAUAAUCAAAAGCGGUUAUCGUACGGAUUUGAACUGAUCUCUUCUGGUGAAAAGUGGCGUGUUUGUGGGACCAACUCAGUUCAGCGGUGAGCUAGCUAACCUCUCCGGGAGGGUGUCCUGGCUGGAGCGGAAGGAAUUCCAGCCACUGAAAGAAGAGCAGAAAUCUCUGCUGGGAUGCCCCGCUUAAGUUGGAAAAAACUGCAUUUUACGAUUCCACCUGGAAUCGUGACGAUAUAAAUCUUAAAUAUGUGCUUGCUUGAAUGGUUGUAAACUACAAAAACAACUCUGUGGUUUUAUAAGUAUUAAGUUAACGUGCCAGUUCUAGCUAGCCACGUAGCUAACUCUCAGUGGGAAGGCAUUUAAAAUGGCGGAAGGCUGGCCCAUUCCUUCGGCCCUUAUCUUCAUGCUGCUAAGUUUGAGUGCCUGGGCCAGUGAGUCUUGUCCUGCUACUUGCUCGUGUUAUAAAACAGAGGAUGAGGUUCAUAUUCUGGACUGCAACAGAAGAAGGCUGUCGAUGGCUCCAGUGGAAGUCCCAGAUGGGAUAACCCAAGUUACUUUGAAUCACAAUGAGCUGACUGUUUUUCCCUAUCUUGGCGAUGUCUCCUCAAACAUCACAGGACUUUCUUUAGUCCACAAUCGGAUCACUGAGCUGUCAAUGCUUCAGCUACAACCAUAUGUUUCCCUGGAGACACUGGACCUUACAUCCAAUUCCAUCUCUGAGCUCAAAGUUGGAUCCUUUCCAUCUAUGCAGCUGAAAUAUCUUAAUUUAAGCAACAACAAGAUCAGCGUCCUGGAGCCUGGCUGCUUUGAAAACAUCUCCAGCUCCCUGUUGGUGCUGAGGCUGAACAGGAACAGAUUGGCUGUGCUUCCAUCCAAAGUCUUCAAACUUCCACAACUUCAGUUCCUUGAACUGAAGCGGAACAAGAUCAAAAUUGUUGACAGCCUUACAUUCAAGGGGAUGGACUCCUUGAAAUCACUGAAGAUGCAGAGGAAUGGCAUCACUAAGCUCAUGGAUGGAGCCUUUUUUGGACUGAACAACAUUGAAGAAUUGGAGCUAGAGCACAACAACCUAACAGAGGUUAACAAAGGUUGGCUUUAUGGCCUGCGCAUGCUGCGUAUCCUGCGGGUCAGCCAGAAUGCUGUUGGCAUCAUUGGACCAGACGCCUGGGAGUUUUGCCAAAAGCUUGAGGAACUAGACUUGUCUGGCAAUCAUCUGACUAGACUUGAGGAGACAGCUUUUAAAGGUUUAGAUUUCCUGGAGAGCCUGAACCUGGGAGAAAACUCUAUCAGCCAUUUGGGAGAGGGAGUGUUCAGUGGCCUGUCAAGUCUGCGCACCCUAGAUAUCCGUAAUAAUGAAAUCUCCUGGGCCAUUGAAGACUCCAUUGGUGUAUUUGAUGGCAUGAAGAAGCUAAACACUCUAAUCCUACAACAGAACAAAAUCAAAUCCAUCACAAAGAAAGCGUUUGAAGGCCUGGAGGAGCUCGAGCACUUGGACCUCAGCAAGAAUGGUAUCAUGUCGAUACACCCAGAGGCGAUGUCUCAUAUGAAGCUGAAAGUGUUUGUCCUGAACACAAGCAACCUGCUGUGUGACUGUCACAUGCAGUGGCUGGGUCCUUGGUUGACAGACAGCCAGUUCCAGCAGUCUGUCACUGCUAUCUGUGCCCAUCCUGUGAAUCUGCUCGGUCGCAAUGUCCUGUCCAUCAGCCCGGAAGAGUUUGUUUGUGAUGAUUUCCCCAAGCCUCAGAUCACAACUCACCCAGAGACGUCUGUUGCACUGCGGGGAAACAAUGUGACUCUGAGCUGCAUUGCGUCCAGCAGCAGUGAUUCACCAAUGACCACAGCCUGGCGGAAGGAUGGGGAGGUGCUGUAUGAUGCAGAAGUGGAAAAUUAUGCCCGGUACCAAGAGGGAGAGCUGAUCUAUACCACUGUGCUUCACCUCCUCAAUGUGAACUUCACCGAUGAGGGGCGUUACCAGUGUGUGGUCUCCAAUCACUUUGGUUCCAAUUACUCCAACAGGGCCAAGCUUACUGUCAAUGAGAUGCCUUCCUUUCUUAAGACCCCCAUGGAUCUGACAAUCCGGACCGGGACUACGGCCAGGCUGGAGUGUGCUGCUGAAGGCCAUCCAUCACCACAGAUUGCUUGGCAGAAAGAUGGAGGCACUGACUUCCCUGCUGCCCGAGAGCGCAGGAUGCAUGUGAUGCCGGAUGAUGACGUCUUUUUCAUUGCUAAAGUGAAAACAGAAGACAUGGGAGUGUAUAGCUGUACCGCUCAGAAUGCUGCUGGCAGCCUGUCGGCAAAUGCUACUCUGACUGUUCUGGAAACCCCAUCCUUCAUGCGGCCACUGGAAGACAGAACAGUGGCCCGGGGUGAAACUGCUGUGCUUCAGUGUAUAGCUGGAGGCAGCCCUGCUCCUCGUCUCAACUGGACCAAAGAUGAUGGGCCUUUGGUACUAACAGAGCGCCACUUCUUUGCUGCAGCCAAUCAACUUCUUAUCAUUGUUGAUGCUGGUCCAGCUGAUGCUGGGAAAUACACCUGCAUCAUGUCUAAUACUUUGGGUACAGAGCGUGGCCACAUAUACCUGAGCGUCUCGCCAUCACCAAAUUGCGAUACAGGCACAGUGAAUGACCAGGAUGGCUGGACCACUGUGGGCAUAGUGGUGAUUGUGGUGGUGUGCUGUGUGGUCGGUACUUCGUUGGUCUGGGUCAUUGUAAUCUAUCACAUGCGUAGGAAAAGUGAGGACUACAGUAUUACCAACACAGAUGAGAUGAAUUUGCCAGCAGAUAUUCCCAGCUACCUAUCCUCUCAGGGUACUUUGUCUGAGCCUCAGGAGGGUUACAGUAAUUCUGAGGCUGGGAGCCACCAGCAGCUCAUGCCUCCCCUCUCUAAUGGAUAUGUCCAUAAGGGCACGGACGGUGUGUGUUAUGGAGACACAGGCAGUGAGGUGGAAACUGAAGGGAACAGCAUGCUGCACUGCAGGGUUGGCUCGCUGUUUACUGGCCGUAGCAGUUUCCACCCUGGGGAGCCUCGCGAGGGACUAGCUGGAGUCCCCCCAGGCGGUGCAGGUCCUCUAGUCAUUUGCUCUGACUGCUAUGACAAUGCCAACAUCUACUCUCGCACGCGGGAAUACUGUCCCUAUGCUUAUCUGGGGGAGGAUGAUCCACUGGACAAGACUGUGCCAGGUCUGAAGGAGAACCUCAGUGAGCAUGCUCAGCAUGAGGACGCAGCUCUGAAUAGCCUCACUAGCAAUCAGGACUCUUCUGUCUUUUUCACCUCACAUGAUAAAAGACUAAGCAGCCACACUCCUCCAGAGCACUAUGAUUCACUUAGCAGGUCUUUCUGGAGAGAAGCAGAAAAUCUAUCUUCGAAGCCCCCGCCUGGAGCAUCCCAGAUCCCAGUGACUGUACAUAGGACACCUCCUCUGACCUCUGCAACUGAUGGAGCAGUAGAACAGAGUGAAGCAGAAGUGGACUAUUCACCCAGUCAAUGCAACCAAGACCACAGAAGUGCCUCUAAUAGGACUAACCCUCAGGAGCAUCCAGCUCCCACAUAGGUUUUUACAUUCUGGCCACAUUCUGCCUCUGACACUUUGUUGCUGCAACCCCCCCCCCCAUCUCACAUUCACCCUUCACCCACUACCUCCAAAGAGACUCCUCAUAUUCUGCCAAAGAUGCUCUCUUGUAUGUUUACAUUCCCCUUUAAUCAAGAGGACAUACUAGUGUGCUCCAAUGUGGAAAGACUUGCCACAUCAGACCGGAUACAUGGACAGGUGAUUAAAGUGACCUCCUUUCUGACAUCUCCACCUCUGCAAGACCUCUUUCCUCCCAGAGCCUCCACUCUCCUUUGUUCUCACCCAAGAGAAAACUAUGAAUGUAUGCUUUAAAGAGCCAUGUCAGAUGCUGCCAUGAGAGAAAACCGAGACACGGUCGAGUCCUCACAAGCUCUCGUCUGGCCCUGGUACUGUGAGACUAAAAUAUGUUGUGCCAGUUGAUGUUGUGCUGGCAGUUUUGUCUCAUUAUUCCUGGUACAGACACCUGUUGGAGCAGCCUAGAUGACUUGAGAAGAAGUCGCUAGAAUACUGCCUCUCAAGCGGGAAAAAUGGGGGUUAAAGAGGGGACAGUGGUAGUUCCCUGACCAGCAGUUUUUGAUGGAUAAUAUUGGAAAGACCCUUGAAGGCAUACCUACAUUCCCACAGCCAUCCUGACUGACUCAAAACUAUGCUAUGGUAUCCAUUUAUGCAAAUCCCAGAGACAUGACAUCAAAAUAUGGUGUAUAUUAUGAAUAUAUAUGGAUAUAUCAUAUAUUAUCAAAACUUAGUUUUUUUUCUUUAUGUCAAACGCAGUUGAUAAUUCCAUAUUUUAUGUCUUCGUAACGAUGAGCAGUUUGAGGACAAAGGGUACAGUUGUUGUUUUGGUUUGUUUGUUUUUUAUUUUGUUUUUUUGCACAUGAGACAAUCACAGUUUUGCUGUCGACCACUUUCAGUUAUUGUCUAAUGGAUUGCCUUUGAAACAAGCAUUCUCAGUAGCCUUGAUCAUGUGAUAUGAUAUUUUUUAUGCUUUUUUUUGGUUUGUUUAAAUACAGUAUGCACUGAUUUGUUUUCCCUUUUCUCCUAUGUUAACAGGCACUUAAUUUAAUGGUGGCAAAAUUAUUUAUGCAGUGUGCAUGACUUUUUUUUUCCUUUUUUUUUUUUUUUUUUAACAAGUCGAUUUAUCAUCAUAGUUUAUUCUCUCAAAGCUAUUGUUCCUUCUAUGAAUAUUAUGUAACCCUAGGUUUCCACUUAGGACUGUGAACAUGAGAAUGUAAUGUAUUAUUUUAUACAUGUAUGUAUGUGUACAUAAUACUAGUUAUUAAAUUCAAUGUUCUAAUAAUCCAUUUGCUGAGAGGUUUUAGGGAUGAGCUGCAGUAGCUUUGAAAACAUUAAGCUUAUUUGUUUUAAGUUUCUGUUGUCCCACAGCUAUCCUCAAAAUCUUCCUUUCUUUCAGUUAGCAAGAUAACAUUUUUCUUGAUAAUGGGGUGUUAUUUUCUUAGAAUUGAAAAACGGCACUCCCAACAGCUGCCUAGCCUCAGCAAGCUGUGCUCUUUCCAAAUAAGAGCUAUUGUUAUUCUUUAGGUUUGCAAGCAAAAAUGCCCCCGUUAAAAGAAUGUCCUGUCCCAUCAGUUUUGAUCUAAUGAGUUGUUCUUAAAGUCUUCUAGAUUAUUGCACUUUGAAGUUGUUCAUCUAUGAUUGUUUCUGAGUGGUAUUUACUCAGUAUUAUUAGAAAAUUACACUUAGCUGCCAGUGUAUUAGAUAAGCCUAGCAAAAAUGAACGCAUUCAAAUAGUGUUAUUUUGCCGUUUGCGUACCAUUUUAAUGAAUUUAAAGUGUUUUCAUUUAAAUUUUAUUAGCAACUGAUUCAACUGUGCAGUCAUUUUGUUGGGUGUAGUUAAAUGUGUUUGUGCUCUAUACCAAUGUGAAUAGAAACAUUGCUUGUAUACAGUCAAAUUGACUUCUCCAUAAUGAUUAUACAGUUGAGUAAAUGCCUUACCAAAGUUUUUUUGUUUUUUUUAACUGAACAACUCUAAUGAAUAAGGAUUAUCCUAACUGCAUGAGUUUUUAGUUAGGUGCUCUAAAUAAACUGGCAGCUGAGUGUAUGUCAUGUUCAUAUUUUUCUAGACUUUUUUUUUUUUUUUUUGCAUAUAGUUGACCAACACACGUUCGAGAAAUGGAGUAUUCAAAGGUACUGAGUUGAGGCACCAAAAAAAAUCACAAAGUAAAAAGUUCAUCUACCGUGCGCAUUGUAAUGUAGCUUGAUGCUGUGUCUUCCAUGUAAUGUCAGAAUAUCUAAUUCAUGUGUCAUCAGUAACUUCUCAAAAUGCAUUGAUUAAUAUUUUCCAAGAACUUCACCUCCUUGCUGGUACGUGCAGACAUGAAUUGUAUUUUGUUUCCACUUUCUUCUGCCUGCACAUUCCUAUAAAUUCCUUUGAGUAACAUCAACUGUUAUUGGCAUCAACUUUCCCGGCCCCUCUGUAUUUUUUCUAUUUUUUCCACAUUUCUUUUUUUCAGUGGUGGCAGAUUUGUGUGUCGAUGUUCCCAGACCGUUGGUCAAAGUCAAUUUCAUGCCCCUCUUAAGCGAUACAAAAAUUUAAAUGAAAACUCACUGCGAUAAGUUAUCCUAAUGAAGCUACAUAUCUGGGAGGCCGAAAUCAAUUCAGUGUUCAAUACUUUUCACCAACGGAGCCUAAAAUAAUGUGCAUUUGUUUUGUUUUCUGAAAUGCCCUUUAUGACUUUAUACCAAAGUUUAGCAGUAACUGCUCUGGUAAUAUCCAAUGCUGCUUUUUGUUUUUUACCUUGUUUCCUGUACAUUCUGUAAAGCAUGUCUAAAAAGCCUUUUUGUUACAUAGCCAUUAUUCAAACAUUAAACGUGAAU